AUGGAUCUCGGAUCUUUUUACAUACCGGAUAAGAAUAAAUCAAGUACAAAGGGAGAUGAUGCUUAUUUUAUUAGUAAACAUCAUCAAACCAUUGGUUUAGCAGAUGGCGUAGCUGGUUGGGCAGAGCAGGGCAUAGAUGGGGGUGAAUAUGCUCGACAACUAAUGGAUAAUUGUGUCACCACCCUUUAUGCGGAAGAAAAAGAAAUUGUGUAUCCACAAAUAGUUUUGGAAAAAGCUUACUCUAAUACUAAUGUUGAAGGAUCAUCCACAGCAUGUAUCAUAACACUUAUGAAGGAGGAGCUUAUAAUUGGGGUAAGGGCAGGAGAUGUGGUUGUGGUUGGAACGGAUGGACUGUUCGACAAUGUGUUCGUAAGUGAGAUGGAGGUGGCUAUAAGGGUUCUGCGUGACGAAGGUUGUCUGAAGCCACAACUAUUGGCCAAGUUAUUGGCGGAACAGGCCUUGGAAAAUUCACUGAUUAAAAGUGGUGAUUCCCCGUACACAAUAGCUGCAUCGAAGGAAGGAAAGUUUAGAAGUGGUGGCAAACCCGACGACAUCACUGUGAUAGUUGCACGCAUUGUACCACCCAUGGACAUACUAUGA